AAGAAACAGAGAUAAAAGGGGAAGGGAUUUAAGAGUUUCUCUUGGGUUUUUGUCAAAGUUGUAUUUCCUGGCUUGUCCAGAGAGAAAGGGUUCAGCUGCAGUUUCCACCUCUGAUGUUUUCUAAUUCAUGAUAGAAUAAAUUCUGGACUCGGUCACAGAAACCAAGGUUUCAUGUUGCAGGCAUGAAAUGCAAUGAAACAAUACUGUAAAGCAUGGAAGUUCAAAAUACAGUCCAGGCCAUCCUUUCUCUGUAAAGGAAGAGGACCUACGCAUCAACUGGAGAUUUUUAGUGCUGCUCUAGAAGAUGAAGACUGUGGCUUUCUUCAUUUGCCUUGUGGGAUCAUCUUUUGCUAUCCCGACCUAUCCCUUAAUGUACAAACUUGGAAUCCGUGGACAGAAAAAUACAGAAAAGACAGAUUUCAGAAUGAUUCUAGAUAAUUCGCACCCGACAGCCAUCUCCCAGAAACAACACAUGGAGAAGACAUCUGCAGUAAGACAAAAUGAUGCUGUAUCAAUGAUGGAUGAUCCACCAGUUGCAAAUAAACAUGAAACAUUUAUAGAAAGCCACUUAUCUAAUAGUAGCCCAUUACAGGUUCAAGAUUCUUCUUCUGAAACUUCAGAGAGGGAACACUCAGAGCCUGAGCUGUAUUUGAACAAGGACAGUCUGCUCCCACUUCAAGGUAGUCAUGAGAAGGAGGAGCAGGUAUUGAUGGUGUCUGGUGAACCAAAGAUGGAGCACAGGACUGUUAAAAGACAGGAAAGAAGUAGUAACAAACAUCACAGGAAAAGUGGUCUAGAGCGUAUUAGUUUACAGCAUAUUGGUCCAACCUUGGCUUCUGACAUUCAGUGGAGUGAUUUUGUGCAUACCAUGAGCAGCAAACAAUCCAGCAGUGAAAAUUUUCAAUUUGGGAAGGAGAAGAAGUAUAGCAACAUAGCUAGUCACCAAGAUCAAGAUGGUGAGGAAAAUCCAGAGGAGGAUUUCACUCUUGUUCAAGAGCAAGAUGCAUGGAAAUACAAUAAAAAGAGAGUUGCUGUAUCAGAAAACAACAGUGAAAGUGAUGAAGACAUGGAGGAGGAGGCAACAGCAGAAGAGUGGGGUGAAAUUGGCUAUAUAGACAGGGGCCAGAAAACUCAUCUGAUAAUUCAAGAAGACCACUAUAAGAACAAGCAAAACAAUGAUAACAGGCAAUCUGAUGAAACUCUCAGAGAUUCCAGCCAGCCCUUCCAAAUCACCAAGAGGCAGGAUGAUGGUCAAGAAGAGGAGGAGGAGAAUAUACAAGCAAGAGAGGAGGCAACUGUCUCAUCAAGAAGUACUAAACAAGAUCAGAACAUUGAAUGGCAAGGCCAGAAGGCUGAAGAAAGGCUCCAAGAUGGUAACCAGAAUACUACUAAGCCUGAGGAAGUGGUAAGGAGAAAGUAUAUGGAGGACCAAAGUAUUGGUAACAGCAACAAUAAUGAUAAUCCUGAUAACAAUUCUGAUGCUGGUGGCAACACUGAUGAUUUUAACCAAAGCCAGAAAGGACCAGCCUAUCAGGAGAGUGAAAGAAUUCAAAGUAAUGAUCAUGGAAGUAUCAGUGCUGAGCAGCAGAGGGGGAGAGAGGAAGAAGACGACAGUGUAGUUAUUAAUGAAACUGACAAUAACCAACAUAUUGACAUUAAACACUUCAUUAAUGUUGAGCAAGAUUAUUAUAGCCAUGAGCCAGCCAAUUCUGACAGUGAGGAGCAUGCAAAAAUAGCCAGCCUUCUGCAGAAUGCAAACACAAUGGAAUCUGAAGACAAUGUUAAGACUACAGACAGUCCACAUAGUAAGAGAGAAAGUACAAGUGAUAGCAGUAUGAAGGUGUUCCUUUUUGACCUUUGUAGGAAUUUCCAUUGUAAAAGAGGAAAGGUCUGUCAUGCAGAUAAACAAGGAAAACUCAGCUGUGUUUGCCAAGAUCCUGCUGCUUGCCCUCCAACUAAAGAUUAUGAGCAUAUUUGUGGUACUGAUAAUAAGACCUACGAGGGCACAUGCCAGCUCUUUGGCAUGAAAUGCCAACUUGAAGGGACAAAAAUGGGACAUCAGCUGCACCUAGACUAUAUUGGAUCCUGCAAAUACAUUCCUCCUUGUACUGACUAUGAAGCAGAUCAUUUCCCUCUCCGGAUGAGAGACUGGCUCAAGAACAUCCUCAUUCAGUAUUAUGAACAUGAACUGGACAGAUCUGGAUUUCUAUCUGACAAGCAGCAGAGUAAAGUGCAGAAAAUCUACCAAAAUGAAAAACGCCUCAUGGCUGGUGACCAUCCCAUUGAACUUCUGUUACAUGACUUUGAGAAAAAUUACCACAUGUACGUGUAUCCAGUGCACUGGCAGUUUCACCAGCUUGAUCAGCCUCCUGUGGACAGGUUACUGACGCACUCAGAGCUUGCCCCUUUGCGAGCUUCUCUAGUGCCCAUGGAAUACUGUGUAACUCGUUUCUUCCAGGAGUGUGAUGCUGACAAGGAUAAACAUGUCUCUUUGAAAGAAUGGUGCCACUGCUUUGGAAUUAAAGAAGAAGACAUUGAUGAAAACCUGCUAUUCUGAGUUUGGUGGAAAAGAGUUCAAGCACCCUAUACUUAUUACCAAUCAUAUCUAUGAAGCCAUUCUAUUUCUGUGAACCCAAUAGCUUAACAGUUUUGAGGAGAAAACUUACAUAAUGUUUUGGUUUUUGUUUUUUGGGCUUCUUUGUAGAUUGACAGCAUUACUCCCCAAUAGGGCAAACAAAUGAACAGUCCUAAAUCAAUUAACAAUAGCAGAGUAUAAGAACUUUUCAAAUGGAUUAGCUAAAUUAAAAGGCAUUUUUGUGUGUUCCUGCCUGGAGUUUAACUCUCAAUAAUGCCUCUCUGUACAUAAGAAACAGAAUUGUUCACAACACUGUUUUCCAGUAGAUAUAGAUGGCAAAAAUCUUAACAUAUACUGUGGAAAACUGGCUACAAAUAAGACAAGUUUCUUUGUUUAUUAACUUACUGUAUUAUCAGUUUCUUAACACGCUAAUAAAGUAGGAAUCAAAUAAUCUAUAUCUAUUUGUCUCCAGAACCACUACUCCUUAGUUAAAAGAAAAGGCUUCAAGAUAAAUGUUUAACAUUUCAUAGAUUUUCAUAGACAUUAGGGCUGGAAGGGACCCCGGAGGAUCAUCGAGUCCAGCCCUCUGCCCCAGGGGCAGAAAAUCAGCAGGGGUCAUAGGAUUCCAGCAAGAUAAGCAUCCAAUUUUCUUUUGAAGGCAUUCAAAGUAGGUGCUUGAACCACCUCCGUCAGCAGUCCGUUCCAGACCUUGGGGGCUCGGACAGUAAAGAAGUUUUUCCUUAUGUCCAGCCUGAAACGGUCAUGAAGGAGUUUGUGACUGUUCAACCUUGUCAUCCCCUGGGGUGCUCUGGUGAACGGACAUGCCCCCAGAUCCUGGUGAGCACCCCUGAUAACCUUAAAGGCGGCCAUCAGAUCACCCCUGAGCCUCAAGAUUUUUAUAUGUCUUUAUUCUUAGUAAGUCUGUUGAUGCCAUUAGGCAUAGUGUUUAGAAUUGGUCUCAUUUAAAAUGCCUAUGAAAUCAUUUUUAAUAGAUACAUUCCCAUUUCAGUGAAUUUGUUAAAAUCGUACAUUUUUACAUUUGAAUAUCACUCACAAGUUGAGUUUUUCUUUCUGUGCUUCAAGCAGCAUAACAGUUUGCUAGUGUAUGAGAAAGAAGACAUAGAAUUGACUUUAAUCAGAGCUGUCCAGCUUCACUGUCUAUCUUGUACCUGGUACAAAAUGUAAAUAACAUAAAUUGUCAAUAUUAAUUCACUUUAUUUUGCAGUCAUGGGACUCUUCAGCCUGGAAAAGCGCAGGCUCAGGGGUGACCUGGUGGCAGCCUAUAAGUAUAUAAGGUGUGUGCAUCAGGAUCUCCAGGAACGCCUGUUCACCAGAACACCCCAAGGGAUGAUAAGAUCCAACAACUCCUCCAAGACCAUUUUAGGCUGGAUAUAAGGAAAAACUUCUUUACUGUCUGAGCCCCCAAGGUCUGGAAUAGACUCCCUACAUAGGUGGUGCAGGCACCUACUCUGGACUCUUUUAAGAAAUGUCUGGACACUUAUCUUGCUGGGAUCCUUUGGCCCCAGCUGACUUCCUGCCGCUGGGGCAGGGGGCUGGACUCGAUGAUCUUCCGAGGUCCCUUCCAGCCCUAAAGUCUAUGAAAUCUAUGAAAUCUACGGUUUUCCAGGCUGAAGAGUACCAUGGCUCUCAGCCUCUCAUCAUAAGGUCUGUUUUCCUGACCUUUGAUCAUGCACAUGGCUUUCCUCUGGACUCUCUCAAGCUUCUCCAUAUCCUUUUUGAAUUAUGAGCCCAAAAAAUGGACGCAGUACUCGUUACAGCCUCACCAGGGCCGACUACAACGGGAGAAUGACAUCCCGGGAUUUGCUUGAGAAGCAUCUAUGGAUGCAAGCCAGUGUUUUGCUCGCUUUACUAGCUGCAACAUCACAUUGAAGGCUCAUGUUCAUCUUGUGGUCAAUCAUGACCCCCAAGUCCUUUUCAUCCAUAGUGCUAGCCAGUGUAGCACUGCCAAGCCUAUAAGCAUGCUGCAGGUUUUUCCUCCCAAGGUGAAGAAUCUUGCAUUUUUUGUUGCUAAACACCAUUAGGUUCUCGUCUGCCCAUUUCCUGAGCCUGGCAAGGUCAGCCUGGAUCGCCCUCCUGUCCUCAGGUGCGGACGCUUUACUCCAGAAUUUGGUGUCAUCAGCAAACUUGGCCAGUCCGCUUCUGAUACCAAUGUCCACAUCCUUAAUGAUGUUGAAUAGUGUUGGCCCAAGGACAGAGCUUUGAGGGACCCCACUGGUCACAGGGCACCAUGACGAUUGACUUCCAUCAACCACCACCCUCUAGGUCCAACCACGGAGCCAAUUCCCCAGCCAGAGGACCGUGGUGAAGCUGAGGCCGCAGUUGGCCAGUCUUGCUAGGAGGUGAUCAUGGGAUACCAGAUGGAAGGCUUUUUUUAAGUCACACAUCAAUCUCUUCUCCCUUGUCCAGGUCAUAGGUCACCUGGUCAUAAAAGGAAAUAAGAUUGGUCAAGCAAGACCUACCUGCAACAGACCCAUGCUGGCUAUCCCUCAGGAUGCUGCCAUUGGCCAGUCUGUUAAGAAUGGUCUCUUUGAUAAUCUGUUCUAAGACCUUCCCCAGGAUAGAGGUCAGGCUGAUGGGCCUGUAGUUUGCCAGAUCUACUUUCAUCUCUUUCUUGAAGAUAGGCACCACACUGACCUUCCAGUCUUCUUGCACUUCACCAGAGCACCAGGAGUUUUCAAAGAUCCGUGCCAGGGGCUGAGCUAUGAUGCUUGCCAGCUCCUUGAGUACCCUGGGUUGCAAACUGUCAGGGCCAGCUGACUUGAAGGUGUCCAGCCUCUCAAGGUGUUCCUUCACAAGGUCAGCAUUGAUGGAGAGUAAGGAAUCUCCCUCACCCAGGCAUUCCCGUCCUGUAAUGGGCAGGGGCGCCCCUCGGGAUUGGUGAAAAACUGAUGCAACAUGAUUAUUUUAAAUUAAUUGUGAAAUGAGACAAAAAUGCAGCAUGCAUGAGGUGUCAAGGGGCCUUGUGUCAGCAACACUUUAAUUCUUAUUGUCUGUGCAGUGUAUUAACUCAUGAUAUGCUUGCAUAACGAGGUGACUUGUCCCUUUAGGGGCCAAGGGCCCUGGAGCCAGCUUGGCUUGUUCAAUUAACAGGCCCACCUGAGAGGUGGCCAGAUGUUUCUCAUGAAAAACCAAGCCAGGUAUAUGAGAAAGCUGCUGCAGAGAGCUUCUGCAGGAAAAGGUAUGAAGAGGUGUGUUUGGGAAUAGUACUGGUAGCCCAAAAUGGGCAAAGGGACUGUGUUGCUUUGCCUAAGUUUCGCUGAAGAAUAAAGCUAUGCCCUGAACAAGA